AUGAAAUAAGAGGAUUCUCAGUCACCCAGUCUUUGUGGGUACAUCAACUUCUUCCAAGUCUUGGGGGAAAUGGAAUCGGAGGGUCUAAUCACCCAAUAAGAGAAGAGGAUCAUCAAGCAGAAGAUAACCAUCAAGGAACCCUCACUCAUGCUGCUAUUGUCUCAAUAGUAGGAGGAAACGCAAAUCAAAUCCGAAUUGCUCUCAUACUUGUCCUCUUUUCAGCUCACUCGCUCUAAAUCACACACUCAGGAGUUUGGUUCAUCCAAAAAACAAGGACAACAAUUACAAGUAAGACCGAUACAUAUUUCACAUAGACUCAAAUCAUCCAACUUAUGGAUCAACUGAUCAUCCAAUUGAAAUGCAUGCAACAAUAUGCCAAUCAACAGGUAAUUCUGUUUCGCCUAUUAGUCCAUUAGGCCACCCAAGAAUUCAACUCUAAAAUUCAACAACUCAGAAAUGUACUCAACUCAUUGGAUCAAGACGAAGACGUUGAUUACUCCUACAUUGAACUACUCCAAUCCAAUUAUUCAUUAAUCAAGGUAAUAUUGCCGUUACACUUAGCAAAGGUAUUCUCGUUACAUGAAUUCACUUCUUGAAUUGAUGGAUGAGAAAGUAGAACCCAAAGAUAUCCAGGCAUUCCUCAACACAUUCCUCGAUCAACUCAUCGGCUGCGAAUCCUACAGCUUCAUCCUCCUCAAAGAUCAGAAAGUCCAAAUUCAUUACGACGACAAGUUCGAAGAGUUUCCCAUCACCAAAGAUGUCCUAGACGAACUAGUUAAUUUGCAACAAAUAACUGAAGUUCACUCCUUGAACACACUCAAACACUACUACCAAACACCUCAUCAUUUUAUACUCAAACUCACCGAUUACCAGUAUUUUGUUAUGCAAUUGGAUCCAAAUUUCAAGUCCUUUGUUACUUUGUCCAACAAGUACAAUUACACUGACUCCUUAAUCGAAUUGGCUCAAUUUGUAAUAUACACCUCCCAACAGAUCAAAGUCCAAUACUUCAGCAUCUUGUCCAUUGGAGACACCAUCCUGGAGUUUGGUCUAGAAAUUGUAAGAUGCUCCAAGUACCUACUCAUCGAGAACAUACUCUAAACCAUCAACAAACAAUACUCGAUCCACGAAAUCACUGACAAUCAACCCAACGUGGUCUCCCUCAAAUUUAAGGACUCCUCCUCCUCAUACCUCUUUGCCUCCAAUCUAGAUCUCAAGAAGCAACAGGACCUGCUAGUUUACAACACUGUCAAUCAAAUUUAUCAACGCUACCAACAGUUCAUUAAAUAGUGUUACGAAAGAAUGCAAUUCUACAAGUACUUCUUGAGAUCCAAAAACCUAUUCAUGAUUGACUUCGACAAGCAGGGUCGCUUGCGUUUUUUGAGCAGAGCUUUGUCACAAAAGAUUAAGACCCAAUUUCACAUUGAGAAGAUCCAAAUCGAUUCCACUUACAAAUAGAUAUUCACAUCCAAUCAGCAGAUGCUUCAAAGCAUUGAAAACUACAUUAGUAAUGCAAAGUGGAAAUUGACUUAGCAGGAGGAGGACUAGAAUAAGCAAUUCGAGAUAUUCAUUAGAAAGGAGGAGAAACAAUUUAAGGGAUUCUCCUUAAUCCUAUUAGAGAACGAAUGGGUUCGGAAGAAGACUCAGCCUCCCACUAAUGGAAAGACCAUUAGACAGCAAUUGCUAUAGACCGAGACCAUGGAUUACAUCAAAAAACUGGAAGAAUUUAAUCCUGACAUCAGAAAUUCUGUUGUUGCCAUGUACAUGCCUUAAACGCAGGAGUUCAAUCAAACUGCAUUGCCAUCUCAGAAGACCCCAACUUUGGUUUUCAGGAAGAUUGAUAAGGAAUAGGUUGUUGGAAAGAAUAGUUUCUUUUUUAAACAACGAGAGGAGGAGAGGAGAUUUAUGAAAACAAAUCCAAAUAAAUUUAAUGACGGUCAUCUGAUUCUCAAGGAGGAGGACAAUUAACUAGACUCAAUGGAGUUCAACAUUCAUUUGGUAAUACAUAGAAAUAAUUUAGCUUAAAUCUACAAUUGAGAAGUAAAGAAUAGUGUGGGCAAUGCUGGAGAGGAGCAACUUUAAUUAGGUCUUUGCAUUGCCUCAAGACAAACUGAUAAACUUUUUGAUUGAAAUGGAAAAUCAAUACAAUAUGAAUAACAACCCUUAUCACAACUUUGAUCACGGAGUCGCAGUGAUGCAAGCAGUAAAUUGCUUCAUCAAGUCAUUGUCAAAACAAUUAGAUCAAUAGUUUUUCAACAAUAUUACGAAGUUUUGCUUAUUGUUGUCAGCCUUGUGUCAUGAUGUUGCUCACACAGGUAAGACCAAUGCAUACGAAGCCAAUUCAUUGAGUCAGUUGGCAAUUCGGUACCAUGACAAAGUGGUAUAUUUUAUGUUGUUAACACUUUUAUUAGAUACUGGAACAACACCAUGCGGCAACAACCAUCAAAAUCUUGAGGGAUGGCCAGACGAACAUUCUCUGCAACUUUUCUGAUUAGGAUUUCAGAACAUUUAGGAAAUAACUCAUCUCCAACAUCCUAUCUACUGACAUGCAGGAACACUUCAAGAUGCUGAAGGAAUUCGAAUCCAGAAUAGAAUAAUAUGGUAAUGAUCCUGAGGAUUUGUCUUUGUUGUGUGGGAUGAUCACUCAUGCAGCUGAUUUUAAUGGUACUGCGAGGAAAUGGCCUUAAAGUAGGUUGUGGAGUGAGAAGAUCAAUUAAGAAUAUCGGGCUUAGUAUGCUGAGGAGGGGAAGAAAGGGUAUCCUCAGUAGCCGUUCAUGAAGGAUUUGGAUAAGGUAAAUUAGAGUAUUUAAUAUCGAAGUUGCAUGUGAUGUCUAAAAAUGAAAUUGGAUUCAUCAAGGUGAUAGUGAGGCCAUUGUAUCAUCAGUUGAACUUGUUUGGCAAAGGGGCAUUUUAGGAGUGCAUGGAUAAUUUGGACGAGACCAUUUUUGAAUGGGAGAAGGUGUACUAGUAGGAGUUGAAGGCAUUGCAACAAUAGGGUAAUUGA